AUGGAUGAAGCUUACAAGUUAUGUAUGAAGAAGGAAAACAUCAUGUUAUCCUUGUUGAUUCCUGGUCCGCAUCAGCCUGGGAAUAGCAUUGAGGUAUACUUAGAGCCUCUGAUCGAGGAUCUUCUGCUUCUCUCGAACAAGGGAGUGGUUACAUAUGAUGCCUUUAGUAAAAGUACAUUCCAACUCAAAGCAAUCCUCCUUUGGACUAUCAGUGAUUUUCCUGUGUAUGGGAAUCUUGCAGGUUGCAAAGUAAAGGGGAAAAUGGGUUGUCCGUUAUGUGGAAAACACACAGACAGUAUGUGGCUGAAGAACAGUAGAAAGCAUGUUUACAUGUGCCACAGAAAAGGUCUAGCACCGACACAUAGAUAUAGGGUUAAAAAGGCAUGGUUUGAUGGAAAAGCUGAGCAUGGGAACAAGGCUAGGAUUUUAACGGGUCAAAAUAUCUCUCAAAUAUUGAGAAAUUACAAAAACGAUUUCAGAAAUGGUAAAGACAAAGUAAAGAAAAGAAAAAGGGUUGUAUCUGUUGCAUCGGACUCUGACAGCGAUGGUGUGUCCAGUGAGUCAGAGGACGAAGAAGAAGAAGAAGUAGAUGAGGACGAGUUAUCUAGAUGGAAAAAAAGAUCAAUCUUCUUCAGGUUACCUUAUUGGGAGGAACUGCCGGUAAGGCACAACUUAGACGUGAUGUAUGUGGAGAAAAAUGUUGCAGCAAGCAUCGUCGCUACAUUGUUGCAUUGUGGAAAAUCAAAAGAUGGCCUUCAUGCUAGAAAGGACUUGCAAGUUCUCGGUAUCAGAAACGACUUGCAUCCUAAAAUACAGGGUAAAAGAACAUACCUUCCACCUGCACCUUGGUCUUUGUCCAAAACUGAGAAAAAAACAUUUUGCAAGCGACUUUUUGACUUCAGAGGUCCAGAUGGGUACUGCUCAAACAUAUCCAGGGGAGUGUCAUUGGAGGAUUGCAAAGUAUCAGGACUAAAAUCUCAUGAUUACCAUGUCUUGAUGCAACAGCUUCUUCCGGUUGCACUGCGAGGACUACUUCCAAAGGGUCGUAGGAUUGCAAUUACGAGACUUUGUGCAUUCUUCAACCUGCUGUGUCAGAGGGUUAUUGAUAGAGAGCAAAUUACAGUGAUGGAAACUGAAGUCGUGGAAACAUUUUGCAUGUUUGAACGGUUCUUUCCUCCAAGCUUCUUUGACAUCAUGGUGCACUUGAUAGUUCAUCUUGGAAGAGAAGCGAGACUAGGUGGACCAGUCCAUUUUCGAUGGAUGUACCCAUUUGAAAGGUAUAUGAAAGUACUUAAAGACUUUGUUCAAAAUCCUGCAAGACCAGAGGGUUGCAUUGUAGAUUCUUAUCUCGCAGAAGAGUGCAUGCAAUUCUGUAGUCAAUUUCUAAAGAAAACAACAAGUGUAGAGGACAAACAAGAGAGAAAUACAGAUUACGAGAGCCACUCUAUACUCGAAGGCCGUCCUAUAUCCGCAGCCACAACUAUUGAGCUUACUGAAUUGGAGAAAAAAAUAGCCCAUCUUGCUGUCAUUCAGAACACUGCUCUCGUGGAUCCAUUUGUCGAACGCGAUGCAACAUUGUUAUGGAGUACACACACUCAGAAAUUCGCGUGUUGGUUAAAGGAACAGAUACCUAUGAUCUCAGACAGACAUGAAGAAACUCUCAAGUGGCUGGCAUAUGAUCCUCGUAAUACUGCUAGGUCAUAUACUGGUUAUAUAGUGAAUGGGCAGCGGUUUCACACGACUUCAGUUCAUAGGCAAAGUCAGAAUAGUGGAGUAUUUUAUGAGGCCACAGCUAUGUGUAGAUCUAGUGCAAGAGACACUUCACAGGUCGUUGAUUUGGUAGAAUACUACGGGAGGGUCACUGAUAUUAUACUAUUGGAUUACAAUGUAUUUUACGUUCCACUUUUUAAGUGUCAAUGGGCAGUUAGAGGCAACGGUGUCAAGAUAGAAGAUGGCUUCACACUUGUCAACCUCAAUCAAAGCCAAGUAUCCUUUCAUAAGGAUCCAUAUAUACUAGCCUCUCAAGCCAAGCAAGUUUUCUAUUCAAAGGAAGAUGAUUCAUCUAGUUGGUAUGUAGUUCUCCGAGGUCCUACAAGGAGAUACAAUGAAGACAAUCCUGAAGAUGGUAAUGUAGAAGUUGGGCCGCUUCCGUCAAGCGCUGAGAUGGACAUCGAUGACUUUAACGAUGAGGCUGCGAAUGCCCGAGCAGAUUGUGAAGGCAUAUAUAUAUAA